ACACACACACACCAACCAGUUUAUUUCUAGUAGCGUUACCAGGACGCAGUAAAUAAGCCUCGCGCGUUGUGGACUAUGUUGAAUGAGAUUAGAGUUCAGAGUUUAACAGGUAAAAUAAUAUAAUUGCUCGACGUCGAAAAUGAAGGCUUCCAGGACCGAUAAGAUGAAACGUUUCUCUGGUGGAGGGAUGUAAGCUCAACAUCCGGUGGUCGCUUCAUCUGAUCUCCAAGCACACGGUUUGAAAUGGAUCAGCAGCAGGAGGCCACACAGAGAAUUCCAGCUGGUAAACAUGAGGAGCAGUGCAGUGUGCUGGACACCCUGAGAAGACACUACCUGUUUGUGUACAACCUACUUCAGUUCCUGGGCUUCUCCUGGACCCUCAGCCUUCUGACAGCCAAUCUCAUCCUGCAUGGUCAAGGUGCUUUGUAUAGUGCGUUUAGCUCCUGUGCUGCGGUGCUGUACGGCUGUCAGAUGUUGGCGGUUCUGGAGGUGAUUAACGCAGCAGUCGGUCUGGUUAAUACACCCGUCUUCCCUGCCAUGAUACAGAUGAUGGGGAGGAACGUGGUUCUGUUUGUGGUCUUUGGCAGUUUGCCAGAGAUGCAGGAGAGCAGCGUGGUCUUCUGGGUUUUUUAUCUCUGGAGUAUCUCUGAGGUCUUCAGGCUUGCGUUUCCCGUGCUGAGUCUCAAUGCCAAGUUCAGGAUACUGAUCUGGCUCCGUCAUGCACUGCUGUAUCCCCUCACUACACUGACAGAAGUCGUUGCUGUGCUCCAGUCUCUUCCGCUGUUCGAUCAGACCAGACUCUUCAGCGUUCCUCUCCCUGAGGCAGUGGGUUUCUCCGUCAGUUUCUCCUACUCGCUCCGACUCUACCUCCUCCUCAUGUUUUUUGGAUUUUCCAUAAACAUCCGACAUCUGGUGAGCCCAAGCAGAAGAUCCUUUCGACUGAAAGAGCACACAGACUGAAUAGUGCUGUUUUAAUCUAAAAGACAAGGCUAUACUCCCUGGAUUACUCAGUGUUUGUUAUAAAGUUUAUUUGCGUUACAUUUUUAAUACUCUUAUAGACAUGGACAAAUUUGUUGGUACCCUUCCAUGUCAAGAAAUCAUGAAACAAAAGAUAACGGCCAAAAAAUGAUGGCAGCUUUAACCUAAUCAUAAAGCGGUUUCUGGAUGAGACUCAGGUAGUGUGGUCCAGUGAUCCUCAGGAAGUCUGUCUCAGGUCUAACGGUGUCUUCUUCAGACUGCAAGUUUCAGCUCUGUCUAAAGACUCAAUGGGAUUCAGAUCAUAGGCCAUAGAACAUAGAUGAUCAUAGAACAUGUUCAGUGUGCUAAAUUUCUCCAUGUAAACACGCUGAGUGACUGAUUCAUGGCUGAAGACAGAGGAUGUGUGUGAAACUAAUUUCAAUUUGAAAUCUCGCUCUAACCCAAAUAUUCAUCAUCUUUUCUUGAGUACCAACAAAUCUGUAAUUUCAGAAUCUGUCUGUAGAAUAAACAGUAAUUGAUCUCUUUUCACACUUUAUAUGCUUUACUAUAUGACAUGCCAAAGACAGGUGCAGGUCUCGUGUAGGUGUCCAUGAGACGGUUGCCAAAGUAAAUGUCUUUUAUUCUGUACAUAGUUUUAUAUCCAUGUUUAUAUCAGCUAGCGUAGAUGUAUUUGAGAGAGAUGAAGGCGGUUCUUACAGUAAACUGCACAAGCUGUUGAGGGAUUUUUAUAAUCUUUUGCUUGAAUGGAAUUGAAACGCUUUGUUGUACCUUUGCGUGAAGUGGAGAGGUGUGUCUGAAUCUGAGGUUUUUAAUCUGCUACACUCUCAGUUUUAGUGUCCAUGACGUCCAUCACAUCAGUGCAGAUCAAGUAUCUCUGCUUCCUUUAAUAGUAUUAAUAUGUUGGUACUGUUUACUGAACCUUUGAGUAAAGAAACUUCACCAGGCUCCUGAUCUGUGAUGUAGAAUAAAAUCAUUUCAAAUUCAA